AAUGGUAAUAAAUCCUUGUCCUUAAACUUGUAUGCAGUAGACCACUAACGUCGAUCGAGUCAGCAGCUGAUUGCUGUUGUCCUAUUUUUUUUUUAAUUUUAAAUUAUGUAGUGAAAAGGUUCAAAGCGAAAUAGUUUUUUAUAUAUAAUCCUUGUAAAGAGGUAGCACGAAAAAGUUUGUGUAUGUUUUUUUAAUUGGUGACUUCAUUUUGUGUACAAAAAAUAUGUCUGUUAAUAAAAUGUGACUGUGUUUAAAAUUAUCUGUUUAUCAUAUUUGGAUCUUCAAUAGAGGUUGAUGUGCAAUUAGAUUUUUUUUUUACGAAAAUAUCAAAAUAGUUAAAAUGAUGAGAGUGAGAAAGAUAGCAUGCAUAUUUCUACUUCUCAUGGCGUUAAAUCCUUCAUCUAUCAGCACUUUUGAACCGCGACCAGAAAUUGGAUAUCCAGCAGGACUUAUACCAGAAUGUCCCGGGGUAACAAAGAACGCGACAAUCACUCCCGCAAUGAUGAGCCUUUUGCAGAUCAUAGUUCAUAGAGUGGCCGAAAAUGGCCAAAUUUACAGGAAGGCUUUUUCUAUUCUAUCAGCACACAGAAGCAUACCCAAAGAGAAAAAUAUAGAUUUAAGGAAUAAGAAGACUGUUCUGUACGCUGUUGGUUUCCUGGACAGCUCCAUAUUUCCUCAGAGCCAGGCGGUUGCUACCGCAUAUUCCAAGCGAGGGUACAACGUGCUCAUUACAGAGACAUUUUCGUUUCUUACUUACAUCUACCCUAAAUCCGUCCGGUUAACAAGAUUUAUUGGAAAAAAAAUUGGAGAAUUCCUCGUGAAACUUAUGGAUCACGGUCUGACUGCUGAAAAUCUUGAACUUGUUGGCGCAAGUCUCGGUGCUCACGUCGCUUCUCAUGCCGCCAAAUACUUCUACGCUGCCACAGGAAAAAAACCAGCCAGGAUAACCGGCUUAGAUCCAGCCGGUCCAUGUUACAGAGCGUUACCUAAAGAGGAGAGACUCGACGCAUCUGAUGCGGAGAAAGUUGAUAUUAUUCAUACAAAUAUAGAUGGUUUUGGUAUAGCCGAAAGGUUGGGUCAUAUAGAUUUUUACGCCAAUGGUGGAGAGUUCCAACCAAGCGAUAUACCAUACAUACCAUGCCUAGUAAUAUGUAGUCACGUUAGAGCUAUAUUUUACUGGUGGCAAGCAAUCGAACAUCCAAAGAAAUUUAUCGGUAUUCAAUGCGAUUCUAUCCAGAAUGCAAGGCUGGGUAGGUGCAAUAAUACAACCGUCAAUUAUCUUGGUGCUGCAGCUAAUUUUUCCAAGCCGGGAAUAUACUUCCUACCAACCCAUAAUGAAUUUCCGUAUUACAGAGGUAAGGAUGGAUUAAAAGAUUCAGACAUCUUUAAAUCUAUAUUAAAUAGAAUAAAUUCUGAUGAUGAAUUUGUAGUGAAGUAA